ACUCGGUCUCCUCUAAAAGGAGCCGAGCCCAGGGACAAGAGCCGACCAAAUCUCCCUCAGCACACAUCAGCUCACCGUGCCCCUGCUGCUGCUGCUAAAUUUUAGACACAAGCAGCCCUCAGAUCGAAGGUCGCCAGUUUCAGGAGUUUUACACUGGUCCAUGUAAACUGUAAACGGACCGAGAGCAAAACAAUCUCACUGCUAUUGUCGGGGUGGUUUCCACGGCUCAGAGUUCGGAAUGCAAACCACUGAGCAGCGCGGGAUCGAGCUGGAAAUAGACGUGGAGAGUUUAGAAGUGGAGGACGAAGAGCUAGCCAGCUCCCCGCAGGCUGUGUCAGGCCACGGGCAAGAUGGGUCACUCGAGGCCGAGAAGAAACAGCAGGGAGCCGACGGGGAUCAGAGGAAGCUGAGCCGGACCCCGAAAUGUGCCCGGUGCAGGAACCAUGGCGUGGUGUCGUGUCUGAAAGGUCACAAGCGCUUCUGUCGCUGGAGGGACUGUCAAUGUGCUAACUGCUUGUUGGUGGUGGAGAGGCAGAGGGUGAUGGCAGCGCAGGUAGCGCUCAGGAGACAGCAGGCGACCGAGGAUAAGAAAGGGAUAUCGAACAAACACAACUUGGCCGAACGCCGAGCCGUUUAUCAGAGGCACCUGAGAACGCCGAGUCUGCUGGCUAAGAGCAUUUUAGAAGGUUAUCGACCAGCUCAGAAUGAGCCUUACCUGAGAGGAAGCCCACCUUUGCCCCCUCCCGUUAGUGACCGGAUGAGGAAAAGGCGUGCUUUCGCUGACAAGGAGCUGGAGAGCAUCAUGAUGGAGAGGGAGUACAAGGAGAGAGAGAUGAUUGAAGCUGCUCAAGCUGCUGCAGCCUUCUUCCUGCCUAACGGCAUGGUGCACGCAGCUGAGUACAAUUCCUGCAAAUCUAACUACACCCCGCCUCCGCUUGAGAGACCGAGCAAAGACAUCGCCCAGCAUUGUAACCUUAUGCCCCCGUGCCUUGACCUAACCAUGCAGUACUCUGGCUCAGAUCGAGCAGUGGAGCUCAUUUCUUCUAAUGUCAGUGUGGCCACCACCUACCGGCAGUACCCACUGAGCCCCAGGUUAAUGGUCUGGCCAAAGUGUGGUUCCCUGAGCGAUGCCCUGCUGUACCAACAGUACGUACUAAAUGCCAGUAGCGCCAUCCAGACUCUCAAGCCGGGAGCCGUUUGGGAUUCUAAAGGGACAGCAGUGCCGGAAAGCCGAUUGCCCAAUGAGAGCCGGGAGUCACCCAAAAAAGCAGCGAGAGAAAUGCAGCCUGUGCCAGCCGGGGUGCGAGAGAUGACCAGCGCCCAGCAGCCAGCCCUGGAGGUGACCUGCGACCGCUCGGCGUUUUCUCCGCCCAAGAAAGGAUGCCCCCAGUUCGCCGAGGGGGAUUCCUCCUCUCCUUGCUCGGCUCCAGCCAGCAGUCCGUUCGGCUGCAGAGAGAGCCCGCAGCAACCGGUGCCCGCGGGGCAAUUCAACAGCGGCAUAUCCCAGUCACAAACCCACAACCAGCCUCAGGAAAAUGUUACCUCGGAGCUAAAAACAUUCCUGAAUAAAGGCAUCCUGGAAGAGGCAGCGAGGAAAUACCGGGAAUAUGCAAUCAAGGAGAAUCAGCUGUACAAAACCUCCACCGAAAGAUACAUGAGCAAUCUGUUCGUUUCUAAACAGGCUGGGACAAAAAUCUCGCCUCCCGAGGCACUCUCUUUUUCAGUUGAAUCAAUCCUUAAGAGGCCUUCACAUUCUCUAAGUCGUACUUAUCAAUAAAUAUGUGACAUCUUUUCAAUUUGAAACGCUUCGAAUUAAUAUCACUUUUAGUUACGUUUCGAGACCAAAACUGCCUUUUGUAUAAAAUGCCUUUGAUGUAUAUGGUUUGGGUAUUAUCUUGUACAGGUAUUAGCAUGGUCCGUUCCUGCCAGAGUAUAUUUAAACAUCUUGAGUUUUUUUUGUUCCGAGA